AUGGUCGUUCAAACAAGGCGAAUGAAGCAAGAGCUUGAGGCAGCGUCGACGUUGACAACACUCCCCAAUGAACUCCUUUACAUGAUAUUCGACCACGUCGAGAAGACGGACUUGGUAGCUCUCGCAUGCCUUUCUCGUGGACUGAAUCAUGUAGCAACCCAUCACUUACUUGGUCCAUGGGAUGAAAUCCCAAACAAGUACAGCGAAUUCGGGUCCUUUGCCACAGAUGCUUCUAGCACCUUCUCCGGCCUACGAUACCUUGCGCUUGCCCUACAAAAGCCAUACAUCCCAUCAAUGACCCUGAUGUUCACCAUAGACUUCAUGGAAGACCUUGACAAUGUCCUACGAUACCACAGGACUAAAUAUUACAUGGAGUAUCAUGCGUUCCGAGGAUUGGGCAAGAAGCUUUCACAGAUUCUGUGA